CACUUCUAAUCAACAAGAAAAAAGCCUAGGGUCUUCUUCUUCCUUUCUCUCUCUCUAACCUAAACCCCAUCUUUUUCCUUGUAGACUUUCUCACCGUUACAUCCAUUGGUGCCAUCGCCACCACAAUGCCGCUAUGUCUCCCUCCGUUUCUCAAUCCGAUGUCGCCGCGAUACUUUAUUCUUCCAGUACAACCAGAUUGAGGAUCUACAACUUCCCCAAAAAAUCCUUGUUGAAUACAUGCCUCUCGAAUCAAAUCAGGUAGAGGAGGACCUCGAGGUGAAGCUAUGUCACAUAUUAUAUCACGUCCCUGUUCGUGUCAAUAAUACCUUCGGUAGUUAUGUUGGUUCUGGCUCCGACGACUUCUAUCAGGUUGUAACAAUGGCUCCUACAACCCUUUUCAACCCUCUAUCGCUGGUUCUCCUAAAAAAAUUAAAGCCCCCAUCCUAUCUGGAAGCAAUAAACGGACAAGAACCUUUCUUCUUCCUUUUCAUUGUGUGUUGUUUCUUAUGGAUGUCUGUGCUACAAAGGAACAACAUUUGGGGAGCUAAAUCCUCAUGUUUUGCAAUUGUAGAUUCUGCUUUUAGUCUGGUGGUACUAACUGCAGUAACAAUGGCUUUUACAGUCUCAACAAUGGCUUCUUGGAAAAAUGAGCCUCUAGGUUCCCUACCACAAGAUCAGCCAUGGCUUUUACAGUCUCAACAGUGCCACUCCCAAUAUGUGGCACAAGGACUACAUUAUCAAGACCAAAAAUUUCUUCAGGAUGAUACGAUUCUUAAUUACUGGAACUUGGUCCAAGCAGACAAGAAUAAGCUCUGGAUAACAGACAAGAACCACCUUCCUCAGCCUGCUACUUCUCUUUCUUCACUUGAUCACCAGAUUCAUCAUCAUUAG